AAGAAGAACGUUGACGUCAUUCCUUCGAGAGCGCGCGACGGUUGAAAGGAAAACAAAAGCGGCUAAGUUUGAUUUUGUCGUUCUUGUGAAAAGUACCGAUGGCCUCCAAGGUGCUUUCAAGUGUCAAGGCGUUUUUUAGCACGCUCAAAUCGCUUCAAGAGGAUAAAAACAGCGAUUCGUGUACUUAUGAGGAUGAUAUCCAAAUAUUGAAGAGGAACGGGGACAGCAUUGGAGUGCUGGAUUUGGAGUGUGGGAACCAAGAAGUGUUCAUUUGUGAAAAAGCAGUCCUCAGACUAAAAGACUCUGAUGAUGAUGAUGAGGCAAGGUUUGAGACUUCAACAUGCACUAAUGGCGAUGCCUUCACUGCCCUCCAGACUGAUCUGCCACCACAGCCACUCACCAUCAGAAAAGCAAGGCAGUUGCUGUCUUGGUACACAUUAUCCCAUAAUGCCAACGUUCAUGCAGUGGACGAUCAUGUCCUACCACCGCUGUGGAUUCGAUGUGACAUGUCAGAUCCGGCCCAGACAACCUGGCUUGGAGCUCAAGGAGUAUACGUGGGGAACAAAGUGUCUGGUGUCAAAUUAUACUCUGUCACGUGCAAAGGCGCCGUUGUGAACAAAAAACAGCUAAUGACUUUAGACGAGGUGAAACAGGAGCACAAGAAACGGCAUCACACAUCGACGAUGGCGAUUAAAGGAAGUGCCCGUUUCAUCUUGUUUGGCUCCAGUGUAGUUGAAAACACUACAAUAGAAUCAAACAGUAGUGUGACAGUGGAUUUCAAGUGGAGCCAAGUGGAGAGUGUCCUCGAGACACCGCCGCUGUCCUCUACAGCCACACUGAAUAUCAAAGUUGCCUGUGGAGAGAUGAGGAGUCCAAUGUUUGAGAUGUACAGGGAGCUGCAGUUUCUUCAGGUUCUUGCUGAUGGUUUGAGAACUGGUGAGACCGAGUGGUUGGAUCCUUUGGAAAGGAAGUCAGCUAUGGAACUGACCAAGGACUAUAUUGAAGAUAUACAAAACACUGCAAAGUCCCAACAGGAGCAUGUUUCAAAACCAGCACAGCCAAAGCCUGAAAGCGACACUCCCAUUUUCGACUCUUUCCUGGAGCGAGGUGAUUUGGAUUUUGUGGAGCAGUUGUGGGUCCGCAUGAGAAAAAGUGUGACAUCAUAUCAAGACAUCACAGACAGCCUGAAGUUGGUCAUCGAGGCUUUGACAAAUGGCGACAUCAAACCCUGGAUUCACAGAGACAGUAACAGCUCCCUCAGCAAGCUCAUCCUGCAGUCCUACCACCAGCAGAUGGAGCAUGUGUCACUCACAGGCCUCACGCCUGUCCAGAUGUUACUGGAAAUGGGCCUGGACAAGAUGAGGAAAGAUUACAUAAACUACCUCAUUGGUGAAGAAUUGACAACUCUGAACAACUUGCAUUAUUACUUGAGCACGGAGGUGAAUCUGCAGGAGCAGGUGAUCCGCCUGAGGAAACUGCACCACCUGCUGGAAAUAAUUGUUACCUGCAGCACCUUCCUGGGUUUGCCCUAUGCCAGACUCUUCCUCUUCACACAAUCGUGUUUACAGCACUACAAAACGUCGCCAUAUGAUGAAGCGCAUGAGUUUAACCUGCAAAUCAAACCAGCGUUGAUCAGCCAUUUCUACCAGAAACAGAAUCCAGGUGUGUGGGGACUGGACUUGUCAAGUGGGCAAGGUCUUCGCGAAGUCAAGACGUUGUUACAGAUCAGCGACAGACCACUGGUGGAUCAUGUAAUCCUUGAAACAGAUCAUCCCAACGAAACAGUGAACGAAGACAACAUGGAAGCUGCCUACUUCUCCACCUUGGUGUGCUGCAGCCUUGUCAACUUUGCAUAAACUCACACCGUGUUAGUUAAGAAAGUUAAGUGAAUUCACAAAUCACCAAGUGUGGAUGUUUUUCACAGCAAUAUUUUUAAUGAGAAGUUUUCAUUUCCACAUCAAAAUGAAGUUCAAUCCAAAUUGUUGACUGUAUUUUUGUUCACACACCCAAUUCAUUA